AUGGCUAAAGACAAGGAAAUCGACUUUGACUACACGGGAGAACUGGUGAUGGACGAUUUCGAGUUCCCCAUCGACGACAUGCUCCACAACGACGGAGAUGACUUUGUCAAGAAGGAAACGUGGGACGAGGGUUUUGGUUUCGGAACAAAUGGCGCCGUGGGUGCGCAGAUGGACGUCCAGACCAGCCCAUUUAGCGACCCUGUUUUUGGCGGCGUGGGAGCAGGCCCUGACAUGAUGGGUCUCAUGGAUACAAACAUGAACCACAUCAACGGUAGUCACAACAUGAACAGCGUCGUCAAGCAGGAGGACUACUACACACCGUCCAUGGGCACUCCCAUGAACCCCCAACAGCAACAGUCCAUGACCCCUCAACAGCAGCAUCACAUGAACCACAACCAGCCCUCUCAGCUCCAAUCUUUGCAUCAACAGUCCCAGAAGGCUCAACCACAGCAGCAACAACAACAGCCACAUCAGUCGACAGGAGUCGAUAGCAUAAUCACAAAGGCAUACACCAGGGCAGCAGGAGACCUACCGUACGGACGAAAGUACUCACGACAACUCAACAAGUACCCCGAGGACGUGGAGUAUUCAUCUUUCGACCCAUCGCUAUGGAGCAAUUUGCUGACCAACUCGGAAACUCCGUACCAAUACCAGAUACAUGUCCAUUCCAUGCCCGGAAAAUCACGUGUGGAGACCCAAAUCAAAUGUGCAUUAUCAAUCUACCCUCCGCCUCCACAGCAGUCCGUUCGACUUCCGACAGACACCAUUUCGCGUCCCAAGUUCCAGCUCAAGCAGGGCCACAUUCCAGACUCGUGUCUCUCCUUGGAAGUAUACAUUGUGGGCGAGCAGAACCCCAGCAAGCCCGUCAAUUUGUGUUCUAGAUGCAUCAAACGAGAACAGAAGCGAGCCUGUCGAAAGAAACUCUUUGACGAGUCGGAGGAGCUGUCGUGGGUCGAGACUCGUCAACGACGUCUGGCUGUCUUCAACUGCUCCGAGGUGCUUGAGUUCAAGGAUGUGGAACGGCGAGUAUACAUCCCCGAGUCCGGCACUACAGUUACCGCCAAGCAGCUGGUUCUGCCCCUGCGUCUGGCUUGCUACUGUAGACACCACGGGGAGAAAAAGGGAUUUCGAAUCCUCUUUUGUCUUAGAGACGAGGGAGGCCAGAUUGUGGGUGUGGGCCAGAGUGGAACGACCGUCAUGAUCACUGACGACCACAAGGUUGUGGGAGACGCGGUUGCCAUGCCGACUACAGCCACUGCUCCUGCCACCGCUGGCUCUUCACAACCCCCCACCCAGGUUCCUACCCCCGCUGCAUCUUCGUCGACGAGCUAUCGUCCUCGAAACUCGCUUCCUCUAUCGCCUACUUCCAUGGAAGACUCUUCGUCGGAGUUCACCUCGGACCAUUCUCAUUACUCCAACUAUGGUUCUAAACGACGACGAGACGGCUCUUCCAUCAGCGAUUGGAGCGGCAUGAUGAACGUGCGAGGCAUGGAUAGACAGGCUUCCAUUACCAGCAUUCCCGAAAUGGUUGGUGGCAUGUCGAACAUGACUGUGGCCAGUGCUUCGGGUAGCGCCACUAAUCUGGCUGCUCACAACAUGAACAACCCCGCAGACGAAAACCUGCCCGUCAUCAAGCGAAUCAUCCCCUCGCAGGGUUCCAUUCGAGGCGGCAUUGAAGUAACCCUGCUUGGAUCUGGCUUCAAGUCCAAUCUGGUGGCUGUUUUCGGUGACAACAAGGCCGUGGGCACCCACUGCUGGUCUGAUUCGACCAUCGUGACCCAUCUGCCGCCUUCGACCAUCGUGGGUCCCGUUGUGGUGUCUUUCGAAGGUUUUGUGCUCGACAAGCCUCAGAUUUUUACCUAUUUUGACGACACAGACGGCCAGUUGAUUGAGUUGGCGCUCCAGGUUGUGGGUCUCAAGAUGAACGGACGGCUGGAAGACGCCCGAAACAUUGCCAUGCGAAUCGUGGGCAACAAUGGAGGCGUUGCGGGCGCACAAGGCGCCAUGGCAGGCGGGAACAUGUCUAACGGAGACGUUGGAAUGGAAAGUGCUGCUGCAGACAGUUCGGUUCAACCCGUAUCGCCUCCCACAGACCACGAAGAUGUGGUUCUGCGAUGUCUGGCUCUCACAGACAUUCCUGGAGGCCGAAUUGCCAACUGGCAACUCACCAACGCCGAGGGACAGACCAUGGUUCAUCUGGCCAGUAUUCUGGGUUACUCGCGUGUUCUGGUGGCUCUUGUGGCUCGAGGAGCUCGUGUGGAUGUUUCCGACAAUGGUGGAUUCACUCCUCUUCAUUUCGCUGCUCUCUUUGGCCGUCGAAAGAUUGCCAAGAAACUACUUCGGUGCAACGCUGACCCCUACAAACGUAACCGAAUUGGCGAAACCGUGUUUGAUGUUGCUUGUCCUCACAUUCUCGAUCUUCUGGUCGGUCCUCAGGGCAUGCCUAUGGCCGUUCAGACGUCGUAUACUCCCGAUUACCAUCGUCAGCGUCGAUCUUCAUCUUCUUCCACUCUGGCUUCCAUUGCAUCCAUCCAGGAUUCGCGUGAGUACGGUUUCUAUGACCAUGGAAUGAUUUCCAACCUGUCGCAUAUUCCGUCCACGUGCUCCAUUCGAUCAUCGACUUCUCAGUUUGACGCUGAAGACGAGUGGGACGAGCGAGAUGAGGAGGAUGGAGACUUUGACGACGAUUCAGAUGAGGACUCAGACGAUGACUCAGACGCGCUCUUCAUGUCUGUUAGAAAGCACGCCAAGGCCAAGUCUGUGGAAUCUCCUCUCUCUGAGGAGGAAGAGCGACUUGUGCGACACAUUGAGGCCGAAGACCAGGCUGUGGAGGCCCGUGUGGCUGCCGGAAUCGUCAGUAGCAAUGUACCCGACGUGGUGUCUUCCAAUGACUCGGAUCACGUGAGAUCUGACACUUCCACUGAGAACAAGUCCUUUUCACGGUACUUUGACCGUACUCUCAGCAUGGCAUCUUGGGACGAUGUUCUGGCUUACAUUUACAGACCCAAGCGAGCUACUGUGCCCAACAAGCGGUCUUCUGGAGCUCCUCCUUCAGUCAGAUCCACAAGAUCGCCUCUUUCGGACCAUCCCAUCACGUCUUCGGGAGACGAGUCCGACCGAACCAUUUCUGCACAUGCCCCUUCCGGCGGUGCCGGUCGAGGCCGGUCUCAUUCGUCCAUCUCGCGAAUGUGGCGAUACCUGAAGAACUCGUCUGCCGAUGAGGCCACCCGGUCUCGAUCUCGAGAUGCAAACGGAGCCGGUGCUCCCCCUGCCUACGAAGAAAUCUUCCCUGGCCAUGGGGUUGUCCACGACAAGAAGGUUGUGCAGAUGGCCGCUGCUUCUGCUGCCGAGAACUCGUCUGGGCCUGUUGGAGCCUCAUCUUCAGCAGUUGCGUCCACUUCUGCGGCUGCCGCUGUGGUGCCCUCCCCACUAGCCCCCAUUGUGGAGGACGAGGAGCAGCUGGUAGAGGCCUGGAGACGACAGCGACGAUCCAUGGCUAACGAUCGCAUGUUAUUUGCCUUCUGGCUGCCUGUGCUGCUCAUGGCUAUUGGUUAUAUGGUCAUCAAGGCGUUUGGUCUGUUCCCCGACCAGGUCUCUGCCGUUGAGUCUGUGGCUGAGACUGUGGGUGUCCACUGCCGUGGAGCAGUUGCCAAGCUAUGGUUCAAGCAGUACCCUGUUCACCGAGGCCAGCCACUCAAGGACACCUGUUCAUUUGAGCCCAACAGUCUGGUAGAGUCAGCUCUUCGUCAGAUGAAUGGGUGGUCCGACCGGGAGGUUCCCAUUCAUCAAGCCCAGGCCCAGGCUGCAUGA